UGGUAAUUUCAGCAUUUACUCAUACAAGUUAAAAAACAAAAGUUGUAACUGUUUAUGUAACAUUAGUUAGUACACAGAGUGAACUAACAUGAAUAAUUGUAUUGAAGGAAUAAUUGGCAUCCACUAAUAAAUGCUGUAAAACUAACAAAAACAACCUUUUUGUAUAGUGUAACCAAACUGAAAAUACAUGUUGAAAAAGUUUUAGAUUCCAGUUGAAAGAUCUUUUUUAUUUCAUCAUUUCGACUUCAUGUUGUUUUCAACCUGUAGAAGAAAAAAAAUGAUUAUUACAAAGCACUUUAGUUUCCAAACCUCUCCAACAAAACCUUCAAUUACCAAGUACAUCAGUCCCCACUUUCUGUGUUCAUGACCCUUAAUCUUUGCUCUCAUGACCACUGAGAAAAAGCAGCAAAAAACAAUUACGCUGACGUUCCCACGGUCUCUGUCUGCGGUAGUUUUUGUUUUUGAGAAACACCAUUCAUUACCUGCCUAGGCGUGCAUUACCAACAUAUAACAUCUAGGGAUAAUUUUCUAUAUUAAGAUGUGCCACUGCCAAAAUGUCAUGGAUUUUAUUCUCUUUUUUAAGUCUGAGUUUACCUGUGCAAAGGUUGUGGCGUUUUACAACUAAUUUCAAAUUAUAGAGCAAACGCAGUGUGACACAAUCCACAGCCCUGUGUUUAAACAGACCUGCAUUUUUUAUUAUAAUUGCAGAACAAGAAAAGGAAGAGGAUGUUGUAAUUCCUACUUAAGCAACUAUUUUUUCCGCUUACAAAAACCAAUUUGCCUUUCACUACAGAACUGGAAAACACCCCACGCCUAUGAGCGACAUGAAGUCAACACAUCUAUCGGUCAAAACAAGUUACAGUAAAUGGCUUGCAGCUAAAUGGCGUGACUAACCACUCUUCGCAAAAGUCAUUCAAAUGUGACCAUGUACAAAUAUAGUCUAUACUUUUAUACGGUAUGGAAAUUAAAUACAUACUGAAUAUUGUUAAAUAGGCCUCAUUAAUUGCGUAUGUUCUGGCAGCUCUACUGGUAGAGCAUUAUGUUAAUAUCACAAAGUUUGUGAGUUUGAUAUACCCUGAAUGCACUGUAACCGAACAAUUGGCGGUACCCAUUCAAUUCAACUGUAUAGACACAACACCAAUGCAAUGGGUACCGCCGUUAAUCGUUACCAACAUUCUUCAAAAUAUCUUUUGUGUUCUCCAGAAGAAAGAAAGCCAUACAGAUUUGAAAUGACAAGAGGGUGAAUAAAUGAUGACAGAAUUCUCAUUUUUGUGCAAACUAACCCUUUUAAUACAAUAUUUGAGUCUUAUAUAGUACGUCCAUCCAUAAUUGACUGCAGGGAUGCUUGCAAUGGCUGACACAGUAUAGAAUGACACUUAAGACACCUAAACAUAGAUGGUUGAAGUCAUAAGUAGGCCCUUUCUGUUGAGCAGUUAAGAGUGGACAGGAAGGAAGCAAUGUCUGAAAUGGCUUCUCAUUCCUUGUUUAAAGGUUAUUGCACCACCGCCCAUUGCUGAUAUGAUCUGAGCUGUUAGAAAACACUCUUGGGCCGCUGAUUUGGCUGGAGGCUUCAGUGCUGAUUGUAAAAUAGACACAAGCUAAGAGAAAGUAGUAAAACUAUUGUAUAUAAGUAAGGGAUAAUGCAGGCAGCCGGUUGUUAUAGCAAAAAUAAGCCUCGACAGUGUGAUCACUGAUGGGGCUUAUUUCGCGAUAACUACCAGCUGCUUGUACAUUAUCCCGCUUAUUACAUGGCUGCUUGCCACUUGAGAUUAAAACUGGACAUGACGUGUGAAAUAUUUGAUUACCUCAUUUUUACUGAUUGGAGACCUUCCGCGAGGAAAAGCUGUAAGAAAUGGUAAAAAGAAAGAAAGGUAAGAAACGACGUUCAUAAACAUUCAAUGUGGUUUAAUCAUUUGUAAAUAUAAUGUCAUAUGUGAUUAAAAGACAUAUUUACAUUAAAUUUUGUGUAAUAUUUAACUGCACCUGUCAAAAUGAUUCGCAGCAUCCUGGUUGCUGGGAGAAUAACAACCCUUGGAAUGUUCCAACUGACCAAUCAGAAUAAAGUAUUCCAGAGCGCCGUGUAUAAGAGCCCAUAACAGGUCUAACCAGUGGUUUCGUCUAAAAACUGACCUGCUUCAACAUGAAGUUAACACACCACGUGUACAGUGUCCAGGAUUAAAGGAAGGAAGUCAUACAAUUUGAUGCAGGACGAAGGUCAUAUCAUCAGCCAUGAGUUUGGGCGGCACCAGUACGGAAUCUGAAAUUUCAGAGGAUGAGUUGGAGGAUUUGCCUGUGGGUGAGGAUGAUGACUGUCGAAACGAACACGCCAAAGAGCCUUCCGUCUCACCCUGCCCCAGUGACCCGGAGGACGUCAAGGUGGACAAGAGGCGUAACCGUCCCGUUCGGUCCAAAGCAAGAAGAGUCACCGCCAACAUCAGGGAACGAAAGCGUAUCCUUGACUACAAUCAGGCCUUCAACGCUUUACGCACCGUUCUUAAGCACGACCUCAGUGGGAAGCGCCUCUCCAAGAUCUCAACCCUACGGCGUGCCAUAACCCAUAUUUCAGCACUGUCCUCGUACCUGCGGACGCAUUCAACAACAGAACCAGCUUCACCUCCCUGCACCCAUAUAGAGUGCUACAGGCAACCAGAAGUGAACGCAGCAACUUUCCGGGAGCCCGUUGAGAACUAUCUUCACCAUCAGAGAGAGAUCUAUGGUAUGCAUGACCAGACAGUUUCCAAAGAGAUACCUUUGCAUCAGGAAACAUCAAACUCAGCAAAACUCUGUUCACCAUCUCCACAUGACAGCCAUUACAGUCCCAUCAGCCAGCUUCACAUGAGCCAUGGACACUAUGGUCACCAAUGGGAUGACAAAAGCAGUUAUUACUACAACGGGGGUCCUGGAUAUCAACAUGGAAUGAGGGUGACCUGUCAUCAGAACCACAUGGAGACCUACUGUAUGCAGAGUAUGCUAACUCAGCAUUGACUUGGCAAAUGGGUUCCCUUCAAUAUCAUGGAUAUUGACAAUCACUAAGUAUGCACUGUAUAGCAUUUAUCAUUGUAUGCUUUAGCAGUUCAUGAACAUUGCAACAUGAAAUACUGUGCAUUGCAUUUGUAGACACAUGUGAUUGGAGACUGUUAUGGAUGUGUCCUGAUUCUGUAUAUUUGUCUUUUUUAGGAGGAUGGUUAAGUUAUCAGGCUGGAAAACUAUAUAUACUUUAUAUUACAACAAAUUUUUGGUAAUGAUGCCUACAUUUUUUGUGUCUGGUGUACCCACAUUGUAAAUAUUGUAAGAUAUUGUGUAUUUUU